ACGUUGUCACCUCACAGCCUCAAGUAUGAAAUGAAUUUCAGUUCAAAGCUAUUAGGUCAAAACCGAUUUAUUAUAAAGCAAACAGGACUGUUAAAGUGUGUCGCUGGAAAAGCCGGAACUUUACUAAUGUGACGCACACAGGAAGUGUACGUCUUAGCUUUAGCCUCGUGUUCAACCAGAGAGCGGUUAAACCACCGUUGGUCGUGUUUCCUAAAAGAAUCAUCUUUCGACGAAGCAGCGAUGUCUUCAGGACGGUUUAGAGAAUUUAUCAACGAACGAUUAACCGCUGCUGCUGAGGAAAUAUUCACAGCUUUUGAAAAAACUAUCAGCAACUACGAGGAAGAGGUGGAUCGGUACAGAACCAUGCUGGACAUCGUUUGUAAACCGGAAGUGAAGUUACAUCGAAUAGAACUUCCACGUCAUUUCGAUGAUCCAGGACCAUGCAGACCAGGGUCCUCACAUAAUGGAGAGAACAAUGGGGAGAACAUCUGCAUCAGUCAAGAUGGAGCAGAAGUUGUUCUGAAGCAGGAAGAUGAUGAAUUCACAUCCUGUCCAGAAAGUCAGGAAGUUGGUCCCAUGGAGUCAGAACUGGAACAAGACCAACAGUUCCAGUGUCAGAGUCCUCCUGCAGUUCUCCUGAGCAAAGACCAGGAUGGAAGUGAAGAUGGAGAAAGAACCAUGGUCCAGGUUGAAGAAGACACAGAUCUUCUACAGAGGCUGCAACCAAAAAUACAACUCCCCAAGAUAGUUCUCUCCAAACUUCACAUCCUUAAGGAGAAGGUUCCCUCUGAUCAGCAUCUGUCUAUGAAGACAAGUGACCAGAGUCUGGACCAGUGCAAGUCAGAGUCACUAGUAAUCAAACAGAACCAUGAGGGAGUCAGCGUCAGUCAGGAGAGUGCCUUAUCACCUGGGAAAGGAGGAAGUGAUGACAUGGAAGCAGAAGAAGACUCUGACCAUCAGUCCCUCUCUGCUGCAGCUCAAGGUCAAGGUCAAGGUCAGACACCAACAGUCAGUCAGACAACAGAUGACAACAACACUAGUCCAACUGAAUGGGUGUCAAACAGUGACCCCAACACUCCCCCUGGUAAAAAGACCUUUAGAUGUGACACUUGUGGAAAAUCUUUCCUCAGGAAGUCUCAUUUACAAAGGCACAUGAGAGUUCACACGGGUGAGAAACUCUACUCAUGUCAGGUCUGUGACAAAGUGUUUAAUCAAAUUUCAAAUUUAAAUCUACACAUGAAGUCUCACACAGGAGAGAAACCAUAUUCUUGUGAAACAUGUGGGAAAACAUUUAAACGAAAUACAGCAUUAACUAAGCAUAUAAAAUGUCACACGGGUGAGAAACCAUACACUUGCACA